CGUCCUUCAAUAAAACUCAACUCAUUAUAAUGUCUGUAUUAGUCCCCCGUAUUAUUCUUAUUCUUAUUCACUGCCCUUUUUUAUUUUCAAGAUUUCUGAAUCAAGAGGAGGGUAGAGAAAUCUCAAAUCUUCAACAGUUUCUUACUCUCCUUGACAGUUGGACUUGCCCUUGCUUUCCACUUCUAUUUUAGAUUUUGCCUUGCCUUCUUUAUUUUUUAGACUGCUGGGUGAACCCAGAAGAAGAAUCUCUGAUUCUGUCACUCUCUAUCUUUUGAGGAAAUCAAGGCAACAAGUCUCAAAGAAACAAAUACCACCCAGCAUCAUUUUAGCAAAUCUUGAAACCACAAAAUUGGACCACCAAGAUCUCUCUGCUAAAAGUCAGUCAGUCUCUAAUGAUCAUCAUAUCUUUUUGUUUACUUCUGUGAACUUUGGACCCCAAACCCUCAUCCUCUCAAUCUCUCAUUCUAUUUACUGCAAAUCCUGCAAAAUCCAAUUAAUUGUUGGGGUUUUGAUGCGGAGUAUUAGCAAUGGGUAUAAACUAAGGAGAUUUUCAGGAAUCUUCAAAAUUCAGUGAGGAUUUACAGAUGGAAGGCAAACAACAUAGAGGGCAUUCAAAGAUUCGAAAGAGAGGUUGUUCUUCAUCUUCAUCAUCCUCAAUUGUUAAAAGAUACAGAAUCAAGCGUGCAAUUCUUGUUGGAUUAAAAGGUGGUUCUAGCACUCCAGUCCCAACUUGGAAGACAAGCGCACAGUCACCUUCUUUCGAGAUGCCAAACGUUGAAUUCACACCCUCUCAAGGCAAGGAAGUCCCUGUUUCUGCAAGAAAACUCGCUGCCACUUUGUGGGAGAUCAAUAAAAUCCCUUCACCAAAAAAAGAUUUGGAGAAGAUUGAGUUGAAAAACAAAGAAAAACUGCCACCACAUUUGUCAGAUCCGUCUUAUAGUCCUGAUUCGGAGAGAAUGGAUCGAUCCAGAUGCCAGGUUCAUAAGAAAAGAACAUCAAUUGUUACUAAGAAACUUCAGAUGACUGACUAUAAGUUUGAAGGUGGGGACUCUUUCAGCAAUACCAGUUUGAUGGAGAUUGAAACUCAUUCCAAACACAAAUCGCACAAUGGCUGCAUCGUUGGGAUUAAGACCCGCCUGAAGGAUGUUAGUAACGGCCUAAAGACAUCUAGGGAGCUUCUUAAAGUUCUGAAUCAUAUCUGGGGUCUUGAAGAGCAUCAGUCAGCAGGUAAAUCUCUUGUAGCAGCCCUGCGUGCUGAAAUUGGCCGAGCCCGCAGCCAAGUUGAUCUAUUGAUAAAAGAACAAAGAUCUUACCACAAUGAGGCUGAGGAACUUGUGCAGCGUUUUGCAGAAGAAAAGGCGCAAUGGAAAAUCAAGGAGCGAUACAAGAUUCGCAAUGGCAUUGCAUCUAUAGCAGCACAACUUGAAGUAGAAAAGAAACUAAGAUUACAGACAGAGAGAUUGAACAAGAAGCUUGGGAAAGAACUGGUAGAUACGAAGGCAUCUCUGUCCAAGGCAAUCAAAGAGCUAGAGAGCGAGAAGAGGGCAAAAGAGAUAUUGGAGCAAAUAUGUGAUGAGUUAGCGGGAGGUAUUGGAGAAGAUAGAGCUGAGGUAGAACAACUGAAGAGAGAAUCUGCAAAAGCUCGGGAGGAAGUCGAAAAAGAGAGGGAAAUGCUUCAGUUAGCCGAUGUACUGCGUGAAGAAAGAGUCCAAAUGAAACUUUCUGAGGCUAAAUAUCAUUUUGAGGAGAAAAGUGCAGCUGUAGACAAUCUAAAAAAUGAACUUGAGGAUUACUUGAGAACCAAAAUAGUCGAAGAGAAUGGUAAUGGUUCUCCAAGUUUUGAACGAAUUAAGGAGCUUGAGGCUUAUUUGAAGAAAGUUCAGUUUGGAGCUUAUCAGAAUGCAGAUAAAGAGGAAGAUGAAGUUAGAAUGGCCAACUUUGAAAACCAUGAAAGAGAUGAUUCGGGGGACAGUGAUCUUCAUUCCAUAGAAUUGAGCAUGGACAACAACUGUAGGAGCUACAAGUGGAGUUAUACUGGCGACGGAGAUGCUGGAGAUGAUACAAAGAGGAUUUCAGUAAAUAAAGAAACCAAGGGAAGUCUGUCUGUCAAAGAAAACACAAAGUGGGGAGGAAUUUCAUUAAAUGGCAUUGAUUGGGACUUCAUAACUGGAAGUCAGGAAAAUUCAGACAGAGUUGAUCAAGAAAGGUUAUCUGAGAUGGUUUCACAUUCACAUGCGCUGGAUUAUGAAGAAGAAAUUAAGAGAUAUAAGUCUGUCCAGAGUCUUAGAGAUCACAUAUUAUCAGGUCCUAAUGCAGCAGCAUCAAUGCAAAGCUUUGCUAGUCCAACCCGACAGUGGGGUCAAUUGUUGGUUAUGGAAGAGUCUGGCAGUCCAGUUUCGGAGAACUCACCAGUGCUGCUGGGGGAUAGUUGAAACAUAGAAUCAAUAUGAUGGUGGGAACAGAAGAUGAGCGUCGGAGUUCAACGAGAAGUUCAGGACAUUAGAAGCUUUUUUGCCAGUUUUCUUCUUGUGUUGUGGCUAAUGCGCUUUCCUUGCAUUUCCCUUGAGAUGUUCAAUCUUUCCACUCACUUGUUUUUAUUUAAUUGAUUAUGAGGUUUUGAAGGCGAGAUUGUACGUAAAAUGUCAUACAAGCUGUAUGAAUCUGAGAUAAUUUAUACAAAGCAUGCUACAAGAA